AUGGCUGACACUCCCCAAUCCUCUCAAACUGCUGCUACUGCUGGAAGCUCUCAGACAGCUGCUACACCUCUUUCUCAGACAGCUGCUACACCUGUUUCUCAGACAGCAUCUACACUUAACUCUUUUAUGAAUAAAGACAUCAAAGAAAAAAAUGCAGUGAGGUCUUGGAAGACCUUCAACCACAUCUCAGACCCUACUGUCCAUACAGAGUCUGGAUCUAAUGAUGCUUCUCUGAUUUCUCUUGAUGAGGCUGAUUUGAAUCACUUCUGCAUCCCUUCUUUUAUGGAUUCAUUCCCUAACUUGAUCUAUGCUAAACUUGCUAAAUGGAUUGCUGAUGAGGAGAUCAAAGAAAAGCUGAAAGUCAAGAGGAAGACUAAUGACAACAUUAAGCUAUCUGCCAAAGAGGCUAGGAUUGCAAAGUGGUGCUGCAUGAACAGGCAAAAAAUGGUGCCUUGGGUUAUUGGGGUCCCAUGGCAGGCUACCUUCCCUCAGAGUCUCUUUGACACCAAACUUUGCAUUGCUGUAGCUCUGCCCUUCUUUCUUAAUAAGAAUCUCAACAUCUUGAAUGUUGAGGCCUCUACUUUACCAACAACGAAGACUAAUCCAAAUCCUGGUGAGAUGAAGGGUACUGUCAUUCUUGAUAUCGAGAAACUCUCUGUGCACUUUGGGAAGGAACUCUCCUUGUCUUCCAGUCAGUGGAUAGAGGCUGCUGGUAACAUGUAUCUUUUCCAGAAAGAAUGUGACGAAGAAGGGACUGGAGAGGCUCAUAGCAAUUGGUAUAAUGACCAUUUUUGCUUCUACACUGCCCAGGUUUUGGACCAAUUAAUACGUUCUUGGUCUUUACUUCUCAAAAAUGAAAAGACCAGACCACAGGUCCAGUUUUUUGCAGUCUUGGUCUGGUCUGGUUAUGGUCUUUUUCCAGUCCCGAGACUGGACUUCCAAACACUACUCUACGAUACCUGGAAGUCUGAUGAGCUGAAGUUCUGCAGUGGCAAGUCUUCCUCCUUGACACCUGACUGCCUCAUCUGUGCUGACACCAUACUCAUCAAGUUCAAAGCUGAUGGCAAGGCAGUAUGGUCAAAGUACAGUGACCACAACCUCCUCAGUCCCGACAACCACAUCAUUUGUAUCAGCUGGAACCUUAGAGGCGACUCUACCACUAACGGUCUUAUCCUAACAGGUUAUGGGCCCUGCAUGCUCCUAAAUUAUCAGAAGAUUAUUGGUUACACACAUAUCCCCUCAACUCAAUACAAAAGACUUAUUACCAUGUCUGGAAGUCACAAUAUUUCGAUUCCUUUCUCCUUGCCCAAGGAUCAGCACUGCUGUGGAUAUGAAAACUUCGCGAGCUGGAAAACACUUAUGAUCGCUCAUGGGAAACCCCAAGGAUACCUAAAAUACUGGGAGAACAGAGGUCUUUACACUCUCUGGUGUAUUCCAUAUGGAAUCCAUAUGGAAUGGGUGGAUUCCACCAUCAUUCCAUGGAUUCCAUAUGGAAUAUUUUUAUUCACUAUGGAUUCCAUAUGA